UCCAGCUGGGAUAGAGAGGCCGGCACUCUAUGGUGCGGCGGCGGAGGGAGGGGCCAGUACGGUGGCGGCGGCGACGACAAGAUGGCGGCGCACCUGAAGAAGCGGGUGUACGAGGAGUUCACCAAGGUGGUCCAGCAGCAGCACGAGGACCUGUCAGCUAAGAAGCUGCGCCUGACCAAGCCCAGCAAGUCCGCAGCGCUCCACGUCGACCUGUGCAAAGCCACCUCGCCUGCGGAUGCCUUGCAGUACCUGCUGCAGUUUGCCAGGAAGCCCGUGGAAGUGGAGAGCGUGGAAGGCGUUGUCAGGAUCCUGCUGGAGCAUUAUUAUAAGGAGAACGAUGCCUCUGUGAGACUGAAGAUUGCUUCCUUGCUGGGUUUGUUAUCGAAGACUGCAGGAUUCUCCCCGGACUGCAUUGUGGAUGAUGCCAUUAACACACUUCAAAAUGAGAAGUCUCAUCAGGUCCUUGCUCAGCUGCUGGACACCCUGCUGGUGAUCGGCACAAAGCUCACAGAGAACCCAUCUGUCAGGAUGAGGCUGGUAGAGGUAGCCUGUAAGCAUCUGACAGAUUCUUCCCAUGGUGUAAGAAAUAAGUGUCUUCAGUUAAUUGGCUGUCUUGGACCGGUGGAGAAAGGUGUUGCAAAAGAACCUGAAAGCCAGGCUGCCAAAGAUGUCCAGAAGAUAAUAGGAGAUCAUUUUAACGACCAGGACCCUCGCGUUAGGACAGCAGCUAUAAAAGCCAUGCUGCAGCUUCAUGAAAGAGGAUUAAAAUUACAGCAGGCUAUUUACGGUCAGGCCUGCAAGCUGUUGGCAGACGAUUAUGAGCAAGUGCGCAGUGCUGCAGUUCAGCUAAUUUGGGUCCUCAGUCAACUUUAUCCCGAAAGCAUUGUCCCGAUUCCUUCGUCUAACGAAGAAAUUCGGUUGGUUGAUGAUGCAUUUGGAAAAAUCUGUCAUAUGGUUAGCGAUGGCUCCUGGGUUGUUAGAGUGCAAGCUGCGAAAUUACUGGGUUCCAUGCAACAAGUUAGCUCCCAUUUCUUGGAGCAGACCCUUGACAAGAAGCUCAUGUCGGAUUUGAGGAGGAAGCGCACUGCGCAUGAACGAGCCAAAGAACUUUACAGCUCCGGGGAGUUCUCAAGUGGCAGAAAAUGGGGAGAUGAUGCUCCCAAAGAGGAAAUCGAUACAGGUGCUGUAAACUUGAUUGAAUCAGGAGCUUGUGGAGCCUUUGUUCAUGGCCUGGAAGAUGAGAUGUAUGAGGUUCGCAUUGCUGCGGUCGAGGCCCUCUGUAUGCUGGCUCAGUCCUCGCCUUCUUUUGCGGAGAAAUGUCUCGAUUUUUUGGUUGACAUGUUUAACGAUGAGAUCGAGGAGGUGAGGUUGCAGUCGAUACACACGAUGAGAAAAAUCUCCAACAACAUCACGCUCCGGGAAGACCAGCUGGAUACUGUGUUAGCUGUUUUGGAGGAUUCUUCAAGGGACAUCCGGGAAGCUCUGCACGAGCUGUUGUGUUGCACCAAUGUCUCGACUAAAGAAGGCAUCCAUCUUGCACUGGUGGAACUUCUGAAAAACCUGACGAAGUAUCCCACAGACAGAGAAUCCAUAUGGAAAUGCUUGAAGUUCUUGGGCAGCCGGCAUCCCACUUUGGUGCUUCCAUUAGUCCCCGAGCUGCUGAGCACGCAUCCAUUCUUUGACACUCCAGAACCGGACAUGGAUGACCCAGCCUACAUUGCUGUUCUGGUUCUGAUUUUCAAUGCUGCUAAGAGUUGCCCAACAAUGCCAGCGCUGUUUUCGGAUCAUACAUUCAGACACUAUGCCUAUCUUCGGGACAGUCUCUCUCAUCUGGUCCCUCCGUUAAGAUUGCCAGGUAGAAAGCUGGUGUCCUCCCCUGUCUCUCCCAGCAUUACGCCACACGAAGAUCCUUCCCAGCAGUUCUUGCACCAGAGCCUGGAGAGGGUUUACAACCUCCAGCACCUCGACCCGCAGGGCAUACAGGAGCUGCUGGAAUUUACCAUUCGUGAUCUUCAGAGGCUUGGGGAGCUGCAGUCCGAACUGGCAGGGAUGGCAGAUUUCACCGCGACUUACCUUCAGUGUCAGCUGCUCCUCAUCAAGGCCUUGCAGGAGAAGCUGUGGAACGUGGCAGCUCCUCUGUACCUGAAGCAGAACGCGUUAGCAUCUGCUGCAGCCAAACAGAUCUUGGAAGAAACUUACAAGAUGGAGUUCAUGUACAGCGGUGUGGAAAAUAAGCAAGUGGUCAUUAUUCACCACAUGAGACUGCAGGCGAAGGCGUUACAGCUCAUAGUGACUGCGCGCACCGCUAGAGGAGUGGAACCCCUUUUUGGGAUGUGUGAGAAGUUCCUACAGGAAGUAGAUUCCUUUCAGAGAUGUUUCAUCUCUGAGCUCCCGCGUAUGCCAGGCAGUUUUGUAGAUAAAUUGCUGGACUUAAUGCCCAGACUUGUGACAUCCAAGCCGUCAGAAGUGGUCAAGAUUCUUCAAACAACGCUGCGACAAAGUACCUUCCUCCACCUUCCUCUUCCAGAGCGGCUCUACAGAGCUAGUGCGAAUAUCAUUGAGCCGACCGGUGAAUCCGAUAACCCUCUGCGGUUUACAUCAGGGUUGGUAGUGGCACUGGACGUCGACGCAACUCUGGAGCACGUGCAGGAUCCCCAAGGAACCGUUAAAGUUCAGGUACUGUAUCCGGAUGGACAAGCGCAGUUAAUCCAUCCUAAACCCGCUGACUUUCGAAAUCCUGGUCCUGGAAGGCACAGACUGAUAACUCAGGUUUACCUCUCACACACAGCAUGGACAGAGCCGUGUCAGAUUGAAGUGCGGCUGCUGCUGGCCUACAAUUCCAACAGGAGCAAGGCGACUGCUAAGGUUCCCAAAUCUACCUGGAACGAGAGCAUUGAGGCUCUCCCGCAGCCUGAAAAUGGCAUAGAGGGGACCAUACCUUUCAGCAAACCCGUCAAAGUUUAUAUAAUGCCCAAACCUGCCAGACGGUGAAGUCUGUCGCUAAGAGAAAUGUAUUUAGGGGAUUGUUGGGUUAAAAACGAAACCCAUGUGCUGCGUUCCAAGACACCAAACCAGAACAGUGUUACGCUUCUGCUUUUACAAAACGUGUCAGCCAGGAAAGUAAAGCUGCUGAAGAACAUUGGUCACUGUUAAGAAGCAGAUAGACCGAUACGGGAGUUAUUCAGAUAGUUAAGGAGUUUCGAGGAAAUGUUAUUUCUGUAUUGAAUCAACAAAAUCAAGGCAAUUCGCAUUCAGCAUUCCAGAAAUAAUGGCGUUGGCCCAAAACUCCUCAAGGCCUCUAGGUUUUCUGCUGAAGCUAUUUACUAUGUAAAUGCUCAGGCACAUAAAUCUCUGCUUUUUUAUUUUAACAAUACUCUGAAAUGAAACCAAGGAGGGGUGUUUUUUUGUUUGGUUUUGUCUAAAAUUCGUAUCUUUGCAUUGGUAUCUAAAUUCUUAGCCAAAAAAAAAAACAAUUCUGAAGUGCUAUUGUCCUUGUGUAGGAAGGGCAUCUCGAAGUGGAAUUGCUGAUUGCUGGAGGCUAAACCCUAUUCUCCCUCCUGGCCAGCUGUGCUGAAGUUGGUGCAGUUCUGGGGAGGGCACAGGGUGGUGGUGGGGGUGAGGAGGAACCUGUUGGUGCAAGCAGCAGAACUUGGGUUAGGACAUGGACUUUGAGUGAUAGCAACACAGCAGGGUGUUACCUCUUUUGUUUACAUGAAACGGGGUUGUAUAUACAUCUGUAGCUCUGAACUGUAAUCCCACUCUCCUGUUGCACACUUGUAUGCCUUUAGAAACAAUGCGAUUAAAUAGCAGGGGUUGAAAAACGAUGUAAUCCGAUGCCACUAAGUCGUACAGAAUCUGUUUCUGAGUCCUGGUCUUGGCCUGAACUGGUACUGCGAUGGGAAAGCCUGUUUAGUUUUUCAAUUCAGCAGCACUUCUGGCAGUUAAAGCCUGUCUGAGGUGCUGCAGUAGCUGAACACGCUCCCAAUUAGGCAAGAGUUGGGCAGCUUGUCAGCGUUCCCUUAAGCAGCUGCGCUGAGUGCCAGGGAGCCUCUUACCAACGGGACUGGAAUUGGAGCUUGUGGUCAGGGACCCAAAUGCUCGGUCCUGUAGUCUGCAGCCCCUUUUUUUGUGACCCUCUGUUCACAGAGGGCCUCAAACCUAAAUUUGAUAUUCCAAUUUUAGCAAUUUGUAGCAAUCUUUGGUGGGAUUUUCUAGGAGCACUUAAUGUGUGAAACUUUGUAGUGCAACUGCCCGAUGUUACCUGUGUUCAUAAAUCAGUUGUUUUUUAAAAAAAGGGGGUGGUAGUGGUGGGGAAGGCUUAGUGCCUAAAUGAAGCAGUGAAGAAAUUUUCCACUUGUACAGAGAUCAAAACCCCUCAUGUGCUUUCCUACAAUAAAAUUGGAAAACCGA